GCUGCUUUUUACAUGUUUGGCUGGCCUGGUGAUCCUGAGCUCGGCUUCUCCUGCGCUCCGGCGCCGGAUGAUCGAUCCAAUUCUCGACACGCGGCAAGCAGACGAUGCUCCGGCAUAUCAGGCUCACACAAUCAAUCAACCGAUCGACCACUUCCCCCAUAGCCCGCGAUAUGCGCCUCACUUGACCAGCACGUUCAAGCAGCGGUACUUCUUCGACUCGUCUUACUACAAGCCUGGAGGCCCAGUAUUUCUUUACAUUGGCGGCGAGACGAGCGGAGAAAGCCGCUUCUCGAACCUGCAGACCGGGAUCAUUCAGAUUUUGAUGGAAGCGACGAAUGGACUCGGCGUCAUUUUGGAGAACCGGUAUUAUGGCGGCAGCUAUCCCUUCAACAGCUCGACGACGGAUGAGUUGAGAUUUCUGACCACGGAGCAAACAAUUGCCGACAACGCUUAUUUCCGACAACAUGCUACAUUCCCCGGUGUAAACGCGACUCUUAACGGCCCGGAAACUCCUUGGAUCAUGUAUGGCGGCAGUCUGGCCGGCGCGCAGACUGCCUUUACUUUGAAGACGUAUAACAAGCUCUUUGCCGGAGGUAUCGGAAGCAGCGCGACCGCAUACGGUACGUUGGAAUAUCCGCAAUGGUACGAUCCAAUUAUCAAAUUCGGUCCCGCGGACUGCAUCUCGAGGAUCGUCGACAUCGUCGAUAAGAUUGAUGAAAUCAUCGCUUCCGGAAACGAGGAUGCGAUCAACGAGCUCAAAGAUGUUUUCGGGCUAGGAGUACUGGAGAACAUUGGCGAUUUCGCGCAGACAAUCAGUUACCCAAUCGGCGGACCAAUGUUCUACCCAACCAACACCUGGCAAGAGCUGAACUGGGCCCCCGGCCACGGCUCCGAAGACUUCUACCACUUCUGCUCCAACGUCACGAACCCCUCUCCACCCGCCUCCAUAGCAGCCAUCGACACCCAACUCUCCAAGUACACGCACGGCGAGCGCUGGACCGGCCUGGGCGGCUACGCUUCCUACAUCAAGGCGAUUCUGCUGCCGCAAUGCGAAAGCGGAGAUCUCGCCAGCACCGACGACGGCUGCUUCGGCCUCUCGCAAAACGCAAGCUACUGGGCCGACAUAACGAACAGCGGCGAUAGAAGCUACCUCUACACGACAUGCACGGAAAUGGGCGCCUACAUCACCGCGCCGCACCACGGGCCCUCGCUCAUCUCGCGCGUGCUAAAAGUCCCCUACACGCAGCAAUGGUGCAGAUGGGCAUUCCCAGCUGGAAAUUACAACCGCAUCCCCGCGACGCCUGAUCUGCAUCAGGUAAACAAGUAUGGAGGAUACGAUAUCCAAGCGCCGAAGUUGGCGCUGAUUGACGGCGGCGUGGAUGUUUGGUUGGAUCUGUGCUACCAUUCGCAUUUUGCGGGGACGACGAGGAUUAGCAGCGAUGAGCAUCCGAGCUAUUUGAUUGCGGGCGGUGGGCAUCAUUGGGAUAGUACGGGGAUUGGGAAUAUUAGUGCGGAGCCGGAUUAUAUCAGGGAGGCGCAUUUGUGGGAGAUUAGGACGGUGAGGAGAUGGGUUGUGGAGUGGGAGGGUUAUUAGGUGGGUGGAGGAGAGGCUUGGUGGGGUUUAGUGAUGGAAAGGGCAGCCUGGAGGGCUUCAGUGGAGAAUGCGUUGGCUGUCGAGCUGUGCCUCGGAUCCGUCCUCUUCUACGUCUGGUACGUUAUUGAAGUGCUCCAGCCCUACUUUUGCGGAUGCCAUCUAUGAGUGGCAUACUGCAAGCAAGCAUUUUCCGAUCAUAUUGGCGAGGUUUCGCGCACUGAAGUGCCUCAGGAACCCGGAUACGCUAGCGACGAAAGUUCACAAUGAAACAAAGAACAAG